UGACAACUGCUGCAUGCGACAACGGUGCUAGAAAGUGUGAGAACAUUGUGCAGGGUAGCGGAGGAAAAGUAUUUUCUCGGGAAAAAAGCUGAAAAAACUGCGUUAAAUCAAGAUUAAUCAAUUGAAUUUCCAUCUCAAAAUGGAAUUUAAUAGAAAUACUGUGAAUUCCAAAGCAAUCCUCUGCGACAUUGAGGGUACAACAACGUCAAUUGACUUUGUAAAAGAAACCCUCUUCCCGUAUGCACUGAAGAAUGUGGAGAAGUUCCUGCAGGACAACUGGGACAGGGAUGAUGUGAAGGAGAUUGUGAUUGAACUGAGGAAGGUGUCUGAGAAGGAUGUGGAGGAAAAAGUUGAAGGUGCUGUGCCUGUCUUGGGUGAAGAUGAAGACAAGACAAAAAUGCUUGAAUCUGUGGUGAGGAGUGUGGAAUGGUUGAUGGCAAAUGACCGCAAAGUUACACCUCUCAAGACACUCCAAGGCUUGAUCUGGGAGGUGGGAUACAAGGAUGAAUCCAUCAAAGGACACAUUUACGAUGAUGUACCCAAAGCAUUUGAGAAUUGGACCAAAACCGGCCACAAAAUCUUCAUUUAUUCAAGUGGUAGUGUCAAUGCACAGAAAUUACACUUUGGUCAUACUUCAGCUGGUGAUCUAUUGCCCCAUUUGUCUGGACACUUUGAUACGAAAAUCGGUGCUAAGCAGGAAAAAAAAAGCUAUGAGGCCAUUGCAAAGGAAAUUGAAUUUGCUCCCGAUGAGAUUGUUUUUCUCACGGACAUUGUCAAAGAGGCAAAAGCUGCUCAAGAUGCCGGAAUGAAUGUUGUGAUUGUUGUGAGGCCAGGCAAUGAUGCCCUUACGGAUGAGGAAAAGAAAGAAUUUCCAGUCAUUGAGACAUUUGAGACGCUCCCUUUGGAAGAAGUGACCACGGGAAAGAGAAAGAUCCAGGAGGAAGAGGUCGAAGAGAAGCAGGAAACCACAAAACCAGCAAAAGUGGCCAAAUUGGAGACAGAGGAGGAAGUUGUAGUCGUAGCAAGUAAGAAGCCAGAGGAUGAAGUGAUGGUGGAGGAAACACAUGACAAGAAGACUGACGAUGAACCCAAAUGUGACACUGCCGUUGAGGAAAAAGUUGAAAUUGAUAGGACUGAUAAUGUGACGAAAGAUGAUGAUAAAGAGACUGAGACAAAAGUUGACACAGUGGAAAAGAUGGAGGAAGAUACCACUCCUGAGGUGAAGGAUGUGGUGAAAGAGUCAAAAGAGGAAGUUGUGGUGGAGAAGAAGGAGGAAGAGGAAGUGAAGAAAGAGGAGGAGAAAGAAGAGAAGAAGGUAGAAGUAGAAGAAGAAGUUGAGAAGAUGGAAGUUGAUGGGAAUGAAGUUGCUGAUGCUGUUGAGUCAAUUGUGGAGGAGAAGAAGGAGGUGGAGAAGGAGGCUGAUGAGAAGGAAGUUACAGAGGCCGAGCCAAAAGUCAUUGAAGAGAAGGAGGAUGAAGUCAAAGAGGAGAAAGAAGUGACAGUUGCUGUGGAGGAGACGAUGAAGGAAGAAGAAGUGGCUGUGGAAGAGAAAGUGACGGAAAGUGAGGAGAAGGAAGAAAAGGAGGAAGAGAAGAAGGAGAAGGAAGUGAAAGAGGAGGAGAAAGAAGUGAAGAAGGAGGAGGAAAUGGAAGUGAAGGAAGAGGAGACGAAGGAAGAAAAGGAGGAAAAGAAGGAAAAGAAGGAGGAAAAGAAGGAGGAGGAAGUGGUCAAUGGGAAUAGUGAAAAGGAGGAAGUGAUGGAAGUGGAUGGAAAGAAAGUGGAAGAAGUUGAGGAAGUUGAAAAGGUGAUUGAGAAGAAGGAGCCUGAAGUCAAGGAAGAAACGGCUGUUGUGCCCAAAGUCACAGAAAAAGAAGAAGAUGCCACGAAGGAGGAGGAACCAGCGGAGGAGAAGAAGGAGGUAACGGAGGAGACAGAAAAGGUAACAGAGGUAGCCACAAAUGGUGAUGCACCCGAAAAAGUCAAUGGAGGAGAGGAGAAAAUGGCGACGGCGGCGGCGGAGGAGGAAAAGGAGAAAGAGACAGAGAAGGUUCCGGAAAAAGAGAAGGUUCCGGAAAAAGUUCCGGAAAAAGAGAAGGUUCCGGAAAAAGUUUCGGAAAAAGUGACAGAAAAGACAGAAGAAAAUGGCAAGGCUGAAGAAGUGAAGAAUGGUCACAAUGGCGAAGAGGAGAAGGCUGAGGAUGAAAAGGCCACAACAGCGCCAGUGGCCAAUGAGGAGAAAACAGCCGAAGAUUCAGCAGCAUCAGCCACCUCCACAGCCAGUGAGCAGGUGAGUGAGGUGAUUGUGAAGAAGUGCGUGGAGCCAAUGGUGUCUCCAGUGGCUCAGCCAGUGGAGACAGAAUCGUAAAGUUGGUAAAUUAGAUGACUAAUUUUUUUGUUCUUUCAAAUCACGCACGGUAAAAACUUUGAUAAUAUUUCUCAACUUUGAUUUUUCUCUUUUAUUUUUUGUUUUUUUUUUUUAAAGAAAAUAGUUUUUUUUCUUGUUCUUUACGGUUAUUUUCACAGAAAAGAAAAAAACAAAAGGAAAACAAAUAUGUUUCUCUUCUCUCCUCCCAAAAAAAGAUUUAAAAAAGAAAAACUUCUAUAUUAGUUAGAAAUGAUAUUAUAAUUGAAUUUAAAAGCAGUAUUUAAGACGAUCUUGAUAAGAGUGAUAAAUGUUUUUUUUUAGUAAUCAGUUUAUUGUCGUAAUUGUUUUUUGAACAUUUUCUGUGACGGUUAGAAUUUUUUCGUUUUGUAACAAAGAAAUUUAGGAAUUUGUUUUUUUUUUUAAUUUGAAAUAGUUGAAUCUCGAGGAAGAAAUUAAGUUUCUAAUUUCUCAAUCAAAGAAAAAAUUAAUUGAGCAUUUAUUCUUUUUUUUAUGUAAUGUUGAGAAAGAUAUAUUUAAAAAAAAAAUAAAAUUACGAAAAAAUUAUUCUCGACUGUUUCCAUGACCAUCUUUUCGUAGAAGAAAAAGAAGAAAAAAGAGAAAGCGAUUAAACGAGAAGGAAGAAAACAUAUUCGAAAAAAAGACGAAAAUUAAGAAUAGUAUUUAAAGAAGAAAAAAAAAUAGCUAUAAAGAAAAGAUAUUGAACGUAAGAAUGUUUUUUGACUGAUUUUUUGGCCCAUUUUGUAAUUUAUUAAAGAAAUAAAUAAAUAAACUACAGUGACUGGCUUAAAUAUUUCCAAAAAAAAAAUGCGAUAAACGAAAAAAAAAACAAAUAUAAGUUUAACUAUUCGGCCAUUUCACAAAAAGACUGUCAUAUUUUUUUAUUAUAGAAAUUGUUCCAAUUGUUAAAAUGAAACAAAAAAAAAUCGAAUAAUUUUAUUAUUAAAUUUUAGAUGAGAAUUAAAAAAAAAGAGUAUAAGAGAGUAAAAGAAACUGCCAAUGAUACCAGAUGGUCGUAAUAUUUGCUCCAGUCACUGUACAUCAGACUGAAUGUGAGUAAAUCCUAAAAAAAAACUAAAUUGAACACCAAAUAGUAAAAAAAAGAGAACAUACGAUUGAGCAAAAUAUUAAAGAAACAAUUUUUAAAAAUGAAGAAAAAAAAUAAUAAACUCAAGAAAAGAAUAUUAAGUGUAAGUAGUUUGUAAGAAUCCAAUUUUUUUUUUCGUAUGUUAGUACUUAAUUUUUUGAGAUAUUUCUCCCUCUCCAAACCCCUUCCCCCCCACAAACAUUUUUAUAAUAAUCGUAUGAUUUUUGAGAUAGUUACAUUCUCAUCGGAAAUAGAUUUUGUAGGGCAUUUACUAAUGUGAAGAUAAAAUAAAAAAGAAAAAGAUAAGCGAGAGAGAAGACAUUCCGAAAUUUCAGAAGAGAGAAAAUUGGAUAGAGAAAAAAAAAUAAAAUAAAUUAGUUACGAAAUGGUUUCUUUUCACGAUAAAGUUGCUUUAUGGUUUUUGCUAUACCAUUUUAUAUUAUGAUUAAAUAUUUAAAUAUGAAAGUAUAAAAAUAAAUGAUACAAAUAAAGUAAAAAAAAA